GUAAUCAUGAAUCUUCACAUGCAAAUAGAUCACGCACAUUCACACACCAAGAAGUCCACUAUGGAACAAGCGCGUCACGUUCAUAGAUUCACAUUACUUAAUCCCACUUAAAAAGACAACAACAACAUGUCUUCUCUAACAUAAACAACAAACAGAACAUAAACAACAAACCCCAAAAAAAUCUUAGCAAUAAACACAUAAACCAGAAAAAAGUAGCUUUGCUUUAAACCUUCUUUUGUGGGAUUAAUGGAUUCUGUGAACUCCUUCAAAGGAUAUGGAAAAGUUAACGAAGCUGAAGAUUUAGCAUUGAAGAAAAAAACAAGAAAACGUCUACUUCUACUAUCCAUCUCCGUCGUAGUUCUUGUCGCCGUAAUAAUCGCCGCCGUAGUCGCCACCGUCGUUCACAAAAAGAAUAACGAGUCAACACCGAGUUCACCUCCCGAGUUAACACCAUCCACUUCACUCAAAGCCAUUUGCAGCGUAACUCGUUUCCCUGAGUCUUGCAUUUCAAGUAUCUCAAAGCUUCCAUCUUCCAACACAUCAGAUCCAGAGACUCUGUUUAAGCUCUCAUUGAAAGUAAUCAUCGAUGAGCUCGAUUCGAUUUCCGAUUUACCGGAAAAGCUAUCGAAAGAGACAGAAGACGAAAGAAUCAAAUCUGCGUUAAGGGUUUGUGGAGAUCUGAUCGAAGAUGCUUUAGAUCGACUCAACGACACUGUUUCCGCCAUUGAUGACGAAGGAAAGAAGAAAACUUUGUCAUCUUCCAAAAUCGAAGAUCUCAAAACUUGGCUAAGCGCAACGGUAACAGAUCACGACACGUGUUUCGAUACAUUAGACGAGUUAAAACAGAACAAAACAGAGUAUGCGAACUCGACGAUCACUCAGAAUCUGAAAUCGGCAAUGAGUAGAUCAACAGAGUUCACUAGCAACAGUCUUGCAAUAGUAUCGAAGAUUCUUGCUGCGUUAAGCGAUUUAGGGAUUCCGAUUCACAGGAGAAGAAGACUGAUGAGUCAUCAUCAGCAAAGUGUGGAUUUUAAGGAAUGGGCACGACGGAGGUUGUUGCAGACGGAGAGUUUGAAGCCUGAUGUGACGGUAGCGAGUGAUGGAAGCGGUGAUGUGUUGACGGUGAAUGAAGCGGUGGCGAGGGUGCCGAAGAAGAGUUUGAAGAUGUUUGUGAUAUAUGUGAAGAGUGGAACUUAUAAAGAGAAUGUUGUGAUGGAUAAGAGUAAAUGGAAUGUUAUGAUUUACGGUGACGGUAAAGGAAAGACCAUUAUUUCCGGCGGCAAGAACUUCGUCGACGGGACUCCUACUUACGAAACGGCGACGUUUGCUAUACAAGGCAAAGGAUUUAUAAUGAAGGAUAUCGGAAUCAUAAACACCGCCGGCGCAACGAAACAUCAGGCGGUAGCAUUCCGAUCAGGGUCCGAUUUUUCAGUCUAUUACCAAUGUUCCUUCGACGGUUUUCAAGACACUCUUUACCCUCACUCCAACCGGCAAUUCUACCGUGACUGCGACGUUACCGGAACAAUUGACUUCAUUUUCGGAAGCGCCGCAGUCGUUUUCCAAGGCUGCAAAAUCAUGCCACGACAGCCUCUUCCUAAUCAAUUCAACACCAUAACCGCUCAGGGCAAAAAAGAUCCGAACCAAAACUCAGGGAUGUCGAUCCAGCGAUGCACUAUCUCUGCAAACGGCAAUGUGAUUGCUCCCACGUAUCUUGGCCGGCCGUGGAAGGAUUUUUCCACGACUGUAAUUAUGGAAACUGAGAUUGGACCGGUGGUUAGACCGUCCGGGUGGAUGUCAUGGGUUUCCGGAGUUGAUCCGCCAGCAAGUAUUGUGUACGGAGAGUAUAAGAAUACGGGUCCAGGGUCGGAUGUAACCAAGAGAGUUAAAUGGGCCGGAUAUAAAUCAGUUAUGUCGGACGCUGAGGCUGCGAAGUUUACGGUGGCCACGCUUUUACAUGGAGGUGAUUGGAUACCGGCGACAGGAGUGACGCAUCAACUAUCUUAAUUUAGUGACAAUAUAAUUGCAUUUGUGGAUUUUUUUUAAACACCCAGUUGCGUUCUACUUCAUAUUUAUUUGACACUAUUGUAUGAUCUGUAUUUUUUCCAACUUAGAUGUAUUUUGUGUAAUCCCUAAUACGAUAUCUUCUUUCUUGCUA